GCUCAGGAGCCCGUGCACGAGGGCUUCCCGGAUCUCGCUCCUCGCGCGAUCUGCCCCGCGUGCUCUGCGGGGUCUCCCAGGCUGGCUGCAGGGGGUGAGGGCGGGAGCAGCGGCAGCGCCAGGUGUCGGGAUCCGCUGAGGCGUCGCCGGCCCACCCCGGGAGAGGGGGCCCGGAGACAUAGAUUCCAAGAUGAACGACAGCCUAUUUGCUAGGUUGGACAGGCUUUUGUUAGAAUUUGUUUUCCAGUACCAGCAAGAACUAAAUACUAAAGAAGAUACGAUUCAAAGAAUUAAUAAAUGCCUUGAAGAUAUUAAAGAAAGCAAAGAAACAAUUUGUAAGAUACAUAAAAGUAUAAAUAAAACAGAUGAGGAGAUUACUCAUUACUGUAAACAUAGUGAGAAGAUCAAAGACAGCUGUAGUGACUGGAAGCCAACAUGUGAUGUUUUUCAUAAACAUGAAGAUUAUAUGCAGGGCCAACUUACUAUUUAUCGAGAAACCAUUGAAAAAGACAAAAAAAUGUAUCAUGGUUAUAUAAGUCAGUAUAAAGAUGUUUUAAAGCAAUACCAACUAAAAUACUCAGAAAUACCCCUUUCACGUGAUUAUUAUGAGAAGAAAAGAGAGUAUGAAGGAAUUCAAAACAGAGCAUUGGCAUGUACUGAGCAACUGAAAACAAAUGAAAUUAUGCUUAAGGAAUUUCGAGUGCCUGCAUCCUUUCCAUCACUUUCUAAGUGGACAUUAUACAUAGUUAAUUUGAGAUUUAAAACAGAAGAAAUUCUUAAACAUGCCAACAAUUUUACGAAAAAUUCAUCUCAGUUGAAGAAAGCAAUAAAUGAAGCAGAAAUAGAAAUUAAUUAUUUAAACAAGAUUAUAAGACUUUAUGAGAGUAAAAAUCUUUCAGAAACUCCGGAAGAAAACCACAAAAAUACAGAAAAGAGAAAGGAAUUGAAAGAAAGAAUUUUUGAAAAAGAUGAGCAUAUAUUCAGUGAAACUCCUCAAAGCAGUCAAUUAUAUCUGCCAUAUGAAUCUCAGAAAUUAGUAAGACCAAUAAAGAUGCAGUCAUCAGAACCAAAAGUUACAGAUAAAAGAGCAGAAAGUUCUGUGAAGCAGUCAAAGCUUGCUACAAUGGACUUUAGACAAAAAGAAAAUAAUACACAGGUGUCUAGUGACUCUGAUGUGAACAAUAAUUCACAUGUUACAACUAUUAAAAGUGCACACAGUUUUAUGCAAUUAAGAUUAACUCCACAGAAACAAUCAAAUUAUAAUCAGUGGUUUGAAAAAGGACAUACAGAUGCUGAGUGUGGAGAUAAAGGGACAGGAAGACAAGUAAGAGAGUCAAAACAUACUUCACAAGGUGUAUGUACAGAACAUUCUGGGAAGUCAAUAGAAAAUAAUAGUGACAAAGUAGAAGAAAUGGCUGAGAAUAUUCCACAAACGCCUGACAUUCCUAUAUUUUUAAGAACUCCUGAAGCUAUAAAGACACCUGAAUCUUUGGAGAAAAUCCAGCUCCCUAAAACCCCCUCAUUUGAAAUAAAUAGAAAUGUAGUACCUGAAGUUCAAUCACAAACGGAAUCUUCUGGAUUUUCAUUUCUUAUGAGUUACAGUUCUAGAUCACCUGGAUUGAAUUUAUUUGAUUCUUCUAUAUUUGAUUCAGAAAUGUCAUCAGAUCAGCUUAGUGAACAUCGUCAUUCUGCAGUAAAUCUCAAUCCUCCAUCAUCACAAGAAAUUGGAAAUUUAUUUGGAAAACGAGAAGAUGCCUUUACCUUUUCGUUUUCAUCUGACACUUCAACUCGUACAAUUGGAGCUGGAAAAGAUGAUUUUGUUUUUCCAUUUUCUUUUGAACAGGAUAAAAAUUCUAUACCUUCCUCUUCAGAAGGUUUUUCAACUUCUUCACAAAAUACAACACAGUUUAGUCUUUUCUGAACCAGUUAUAGUUUUUUGAAUUAUUUUAAUCUCUGUAGUCAUCUAUGUCAUAAAUUUACAUUAUUGUUGAAAGCGUGAAGAUUCUUUUGUUGAUUAAUGUAAUAAUAGAUUACUAUAGUUACAUUAUUUGAUUAUAAGCAUUUAAAUAUUGAGUUUUUUUUGUGCAAUUAGCUAAUUAUUUACUUUUAUUUUGAUUUUUCAAGCCAUGUUCAGGCAGAACUUUUAUUACUCUGAACAUAAUUUGAAGCUUUUUCUAUUAACCUUUAUUAGAAAUAUUUAGCCUGCUUCUCCCUGGAACCUAAGUUUUACCUGGCAGUAUUUUAGUUGUUUUGAUAAGAACAAAAACUCCUUCAGGACAUAAGACUUUUUAGUGAUGACCGUGCAGAUUAAUGCUAAGGUGUUCUUUAGCAACUGAAUUCUUUUAAAGUUACUGCAUUUUGCUGUUGCAGGAUACAAAAUGGUAUUCUAAUAAUAAUUUCAAACAAUUUGAUAUUAACAGUGAAUAAAGUCUGUUAUUUCCUUCUAAAUAUGACAAAUUGUAAAAUUUUUACUUUAAUCACUUAUGGUAGUAUCUUUAAUGGAAUAAAAUCAAACACAAAAGAAUAAAAUAUGAAAAUUGGAUUGCUGUA